AUGUGGAAAGAUGACCAAAGGAUACUAGAAACAAAUGUUAGAGGUGUCCAGACUGAACAAACAAAAUCAACUACCGAUAAACAGAUUCAGAAGGACAUUAUCCAGAGUAAGGAAAGUCAGGCAGAACAUUGGGUUGAAAUGAAAUCAAUUGCAUCUGAGGCCGUCAAGUCCACAAAGGAGGUGGAUAGCAGAUGCAGUCUUGUGCUACCAGAGGAAAAGGUGGAAAUGGCAGUUGCAUCAUGCCAGACAUUGCAUGCAACCAGUGUUGAUUCAAGUUGCGCCGACGAAAAGACUCAUAUAAGCUAUCAAAAUGCCAACAUUCAGACUAUUUCAAAGGAGUUGGUAGGAAAAAAAUUACAAGUUAGCAUGGAAGCAGAGUGUGAGGCAGCCCAAACACAGACUGAGGCAAUUCAGAAGAUAGUCGAUACAGAAGAGGAGUUUUGUGUAAUAGUGAGAAAGGCAGGAGAUAGUAAUGAGGAGAUUCAAGUAGAUUUGAGGGUGUCGACAGUCGAGAGUCAAACACAGAUAGGGACGGUGCAGAAGAACGUCGGGGCACAAAUCGAGCAUUUAAUUGAAACAAAAUCAAUUGGCCAACAAAGUGUCAAAACCACAAAAGAAGUGGACGCGACAUGCAGUCUUUUGCUUGAACCUGAACCGAUAGUGAUUUAUGAAAAGGAAGCAGUACAAUUGGCUCCACCUACAAUCAUCACCUCUUCCGCUACGAGUCAGACUUUGCAUGUCGAGCAUGUAAACUCAAGUUGCGAGGCAAUUCAACCUCAAAAAGAUUAUCAAAAUGUCGACAUUCAGACGUUAUCAACACAGCUGAUUGGCAAAAAGCUUCAGGCUGACCUAAAACCGGACUGUGAAGUUACGCAGACACAGACAGAAUCAAGGCCGAAGUUGGUAGAUGCAAAGGCCCAGCAUGAUACCAUUCCGACAAAGGCAGAGACAACCAGUUUGGCGAUCCAGACGGACACAAAGCUACCAACGCUUGAAGUUUAUACCCAAGUGGAGAAGGAACUAAAGCAUUCUUGGUCUCAGGCUGAAUAUGGUGUAGAAACAAGGUCGGUUGCCUUGCAGCCAAUUAAGAAUACGAAGGAUGUGGAUGUUGAAUGCGAUAUCAUGUUAAAGGCUGAAACGUUGAUUAGCAUCAAAGAUGAGUUGAUAUGCUCAACCUUUCCCCCAACAGAAAUGUCAACUAAAACUUCUCAGACAAUGUACCCUACUCAUGUUGAUUCGGUUUGCGAAAGUAUCAAGCCUCAAAUCAGCUCUCAGAAUGUCGACAUCCAGACGCUAUCAACGCAGCUCAUUGGCAAAAAGCUUCAGGUUGACCUAAAACCGGAAUGUGAAGUUACGCAGACACAGACAGAUGCAAUGCCGAAGUUGGUAGAUGCAAAGUCUCAGCUUGAUACCACUCCGAAAAAGGCAGAUACAACCAGUUUGGCGAUCCAGACAGACUUAAAGCCACACACGCUUGAAGUUCAGACCCAAGUGGGGGAGCAGCUGACGCAUUUUGGGUCUCAUGCUGAGUAUGCCGUCGAAACUAAGUCAGUUGCCUUGCAGUCAUUCAAGGCCACGAAGGAAGUGGAUGCCACGUGCAGUCUCAUCCUUGAGACCGAACCCGUUUUGGAGGUUGAGAAAACGAUAGUUCAAGCUCCACCUGCCAUAGAAACCGCACCCGCUAGCUGCCAGACAAGGCGUGUCAUUAACGUUGACUCAGCAUGUGAAGCAAUCAAAGCUCAAAUUUCUUCUCAAAGCUCAGAAAUUCAGACUACCUCAGUGCCACUUUGUGAGAAGAAAUUACAGGUCGACUUUCAGGUCCCUUGCGAGAUUGCACAAACACAGGCAGGCAUAGAACAUAAGGUGACUGAUGCCCAUAUCCAACUUGAUCUCCUGCCCCCAAAACUAAAAACAUCUAGUAUAGGCCUACAGGCGGAAUUAAAGCCAACUCUUCUCGAAUCACAGACCCAAUGUGGUAUUAUUGCAAAGCAUUCGGGGUCCCAAACAGACUAUCCCGUUGAAAUGAAGGUGGCUGCGUUGCAAUCAGUUGCUCCUACAAAUGGGGUCGUUGCAGAAUGUAGUUACUUGCUCGUUCCUGAACCAGCCCCACCUUCAGUUGAAACCUGUACUGAAACGUGUCAAACCCUUGAAAAAAUUUUCAUAGAUUCUUUCUGUCAACAAGAAAUACCUCGGAUAAUCACCAAGGCUUCAGAAAUUCAGACUGUUCCAACCCAAUCAAUUGGAAAGAAAUUGCAAGUUAAUCUUUUCCCUGCCAGUGCAAACGUUUCUGCUCAGGCUGAUCUACAGGUGAAGAAAUCGACAUCAAUCGCAACAGUGCAAACUAUCGAAAUUAUAACGCUGGGCAAGAAAUUGCAAGUUAAUAUUCUACCUUUGUGCCAGGACUCUCAAACACAAACGACUAUGAUCUGUAGCAGUGUCGGAACUCAAUUUGAAUCAAAGCUUCAAAAGGUAGAAACUAUAAAUAAACUGAUUCAGGCUAGCAGGAUUAAAUCGUCAACUGAUCACCAGGCUCAAUACGAAUUAGAAACUCGUCACGUAGAUGUUCAAGGUGACAUUUUUCCCGAAGUUGUACACACAGCCAUACAGGCCUCAAGGUUUGUCAAAGAGGUCGACGCUGCCUGUUCAAUGCUGGAGCCUGUCGUCACCGUCAAGAAAGAAGCCAUUCAACAAAAACUAGCACCAGUAGAGCUCAUAGAAGCAAGUUGCCAAUCAGAAGUGGUAGUACUUGGAGAUGCAUUUAGCCAAAGUGUCUUGCUCCAUGUAGAGAAGUCAGCAAAAGGGCUGCAGGUUGAAGUAACCCCAAAAUCUGUCAGCACUACUUCACAGACUGAAACUGAAAAACAAAUAGAAAGAAAAAUAGCAUCUACACAGACGACGGAGAUAGAAAUGUUAGGAAAGAAGUUGCAGGUGAAAUUAGUCCCAUUUAGCGAAGUAAUGGAAACACAAACUGAGAAAAGACAGGAAAUAAAGGAUACAUAUGCUGAAUUUAAGGCUUCACUAAAAAAUAUAACAACUAUAAAUACAUCAAUUCAGGUGUCGCAAUUGCAAACAUCGGUUGAGAUGCAAACUCAAAGUGACCUCACUCUAAGAAAUAUAGAAAGUAAAGUUGAGCAUUCAAUUGAAACAAAAUCAAUUGGCCAACAAAGUGUCAAAACCACAAAAGAAGUAGACGCGACAUGCAGUCUUUUGCUUGAACCUGAACCGAUAGUGAUUUAUGAAAAGGAAGCAGUACAAUUGGCUCCACCUAGAAUCAUCACCUCUUCCGCUACGUGUCAGACUUUGCGUGUCGAGCAUGUAAACUCAAGUUGCGAGGCAAUUCAACCUCAAAAAAAUUAUCAAAAUGUCGACAUUCAGACGUUAUCAACGCAGCUGAUUGGCAAAAAGCUUCAGGCUGACCUAAAACCGGACUGUGAAGUUACGCAGACACAGACAGAU